AUGUCCAAAUCAAGCAUACCCAGUGUCAACGACCUGCCGUCGGCGGAAGAGCUCAAGCAAGAUGCUGUCGUCGCGACGAAACAGACAUUUGCAAGUUUGCGAUCGCUCGUGUCAGGAGGUGUUGGUGGUGUGAGCGCCGUCGUUGUCGGACACCCCUUCGAUCUGGUCAAGGUGCGCCUGCAGACCGCUCAAGCCGGUGUCUACAGCGGCGCAAUGGAUGUCGUGAGGAAGACGAUCGCAAAGGAGGGUCUUGUCAGGGUAUGCUAUCCUCAGCCUCGCCACGACUGCAUCAAGAACUUACACUAUCUANNGGGUCUGUACGCUGGUGUUUCGGCUCCUCUGGUUGGAGUGACCCCAAUGUGUAAGUCUUUGCCUGUAAAUCCAUAA